UCUUCGGUUUCCGUCAAUCCUCGGUCCUUUCCGGCAACUUCCGGUCUUUUCGUUCAAUUUCCGGUCCUUUCCGUCAAUCAUCGGUCCUUUCGUCAACUUCCGGUCUUUUCCGUUAAUUUCCGGUCUUUUCCGUUAAUUUCCGGUCUUUUCCCGUUAAUUUCCGUCCCUUUCCGUCAACUUCCGGCCUUUUCCGUCAAUCAUCGCUCCUUUUCCGUCAACUUCCGGCCUUUUCCGUCAACUUCCGGCCUUUUCCGUACACUUCCGGACUUUUCCGUCAGUUCACGGUCUUUUCCGUCAAUUUCCGGUCCUUUCCGUCAAUCCUCGGUCCUUUCCGUCAAUUUUUGGUGUUUUCCGUCAAUCUUCGGUCCUUUCCGUCCAUCUCCGCCCCCGUCCCAGUCGCCCCCCGGUCUCUCCGGUCCCCCGGCGCCAUGGCGGGGGGUCGCCGCUCUCCGCCCGGUCCGUGCUGCCCCGGGCAGGGGGCGAUGUCCGAUCCUUGCUGCUCGGGGCCGGUGGCCGUGCCCAGCGUACACCAGAGCCUGGCCGAGAUGGACUUCGAGCGGGGUCCGGUGGGCUCUGGGGGGAUCUGGGCGGCCGCGCGGGACGGGGACGAGCCGCGGGUACUGCGGCUGCUGGAGCGGCGCGGGGACCCCGGAGAGCCCGACCGGGCGGGGUACACGGCACUGCACUACGCCAGCCGUAACGGGCACCUGGGGGUGUGCCGGGUGCUGCUGGAGCGGGGGGCUCCCUGCGACGCCCGGACCCCCGGUGGGGCCACCCCCCUGCACCGCGCCUGCUACUGCGGCCACCUCGCCGUGAGCCGCCUCCUGCUCCAGCACGGGGCCGACCCCGCGGCCACCGACGGCGACGGGCGGACCCCCCUACACAAGGCAGCCGAGCAGGGGCACCGUGAGCUCUGUGCACUCCUCCUGCGGCUCUGCCCGGCUCUGGCCACACUCCAGGAUUCCAGGGGCCGCCUCCCGCGGGAUGGGGCCCACCCGGACGUGCGGGACCUGCUGGACACCUGAGGGGACACAGGACACCCGGAGCCACCCCAGUGGGACCUCCAGAGGCGUCUCCAAUGGACAAACACAGCCUGUGGCACCAACUCUGUCCCCUUGUCACCUGUGCCAGAGGCCAGGGUGUGGGGGGGGUCACACCAGGAGGGAGGUGCAGACCCCCCUCCCGCCUUCCAGGGACUUUGUUUCCUAAAAAACCCACUAAAAAUGUGGAAAACA